UAACUGCCCUGGGGGGGGCGGGGUCCGAGCCGGCGCUGAGGGCCUGGGGCCAUGGUGUCCGGGGUGUAACGGAGGCGCCGGGCGGAGCAGCGGGGGGCACCAUGAUCAUUGAGAACGUGGACGCCCUCAAGACCUGGCUGGCCAAGUUACUGGAGCCGAUAUGUGAUGCAGACCCUUCAGCCUUAGCUAACUACGUUGUGGCAUUAGUCAAGAAAGACAAACCAGAGAAAGAGCUGAAGGCUUUCUGUGCUGAUCAGCUAGACGUCUUUCUGCAGAAAGAAACUUCAGGUUUUGUAGAUAAACUAUUUGAAAGUCUGUACACAAAGAACUACCUUCCUUCCCUUGAACCAGCAAAACUAGAACCGAAGCCUGCAGGUCAGGAAAAAGAAGAAAUCAAAGAGGAGAUAUUUCAAGAGUCGUUUGAGGAAGAACGAGAUGGCAGGAAAAAGAAGUAUCCUAGCCCACAGAGAAACCGUUUAGAUUCUAAUGAACAAAGAACCAGAGAGAAAAAGAGAGAUGAUGGCAAAUGGAGAGACUAUGACAGAUACUAUGAUCGGAAUGAUUUAUAUAGAGACAAAUACGACUGGCGAAGAGGCAGGAGUAAAAGUCGUAGUAAAAGCAGAGGGUUAAGCCGAAGUCGUAGCCGCAGCGGGGGUAGAAGCAAAGACCGGGAUCUGAACAGAAAUAUUGCGGAACACAAAGAGAGAGCAAAAUUCAAGAGUGAAAGGAAUGACAUGGAGAGCUCAUAUAACCCAGUGUCUUUGUCAUCCAGUAAUUCUACUGAACAGUAUUCCUCUGCGCAGUCUAUUCCCAGUGCUGUUACCGUGAUUGCACCUGCUCACCAUCCCGAGAACACCACAGAGAGUUGGUCAAAUUAUUAUAACAAUCAUAGUGUUCCCAAUUCAUUUGGCAGAAACCCUCCUCCUAAAAGACGAUGUCGAGAUUAUGAUGAGCGAGGAUUUUGUGUCCUUGGCGACCUUUGCCAAUUUGAUCAUGGAAAUGACCCUUUAGUAGUAGAUGAAGUUUCAUUGCCAAGCAUGAUUCCUUUUCCACCACCACCCCCAGGACUCCCUCCUCCUCCUCCUCCUCCUGGUAUGCUAAUGCCUCCAAUGCCAGGUCCAGCUCACAAUAUGAGAAUGCCAGGCCCACAAGUACAUCCUCGGCCACCACCUCCUGUCGUGCUUCCUGUAUCAAGACCACCUUUAACACAGUCAAGUUUGAUGAAUAACCGUGACCAGCCUCGGACGAGUGCGGUGCCCAAUCUUGCACCCGUGGGAGCAAGACUACCUCCUCCUUUACCCCAGAACCUACUGUAUACAGUAUCAGAACAUACAUAUGAGCCAGAUGGUUAUAACCCUGAAGCACCUAGUAUUACCAGUGCUGGUAGAUCUCAAUACCGACAGUUCUUUACUAGAACACAGACACAGCGUCCAAAUCUGAUUGGCCUAACGUCUGGGGAGAUGGAUACAAAUCCAAGAGCGGCCAACAUUAUCAUCCAGACUGAAACUCCCAUUUCCAUUGCAAAUAACAGCAGCAAUGUAACCAGAGUGGUGCUUGAGCCAGACAACAGGAAAAGACCUCCAAGUAGUAUGGAAGGCCCAUCUGUAAAGAAACCCUGGAUGGGAAAGCAAGCCAAUAACCAGAAUAAACCAGGAUUUCUGAAAAAGAAUCAGUACACUAACACCAAGCUGGAAGUUCGAAAAAUCCCACCUGAGUUGAAUAAUAUUACACGACUCAAUGAACAUUUCAGCAAAUUUGGAACUAUUGUUAACAUUCAGGUUGCUUUCAAGAAUGAUCCUGAAGCUGCUCUAAUUCAGUAUUUAACUAACGAUGAGGCCAGAAAGGCCAUUUCCAGCACAGAGGCAGUUUUAAACAAUCGAUUUAUAAGGGUGCUGUGGCAUAGGGAAAAUGAGCAGCAGCCACCACUGCUGCAGCAACACCUGCACCAUCACCAGCAGCCACCACCACAAUCUCUGCAUCACCAGCUUCAUCUUCAACAACAAACACUGACUGCCCAACCUCCAGCUGCAACGGUACAUAGCAAUGUGUCAAAGGUGAUAACUAAACCACUGGCAUCGGGUGCCUAUGUCCUUAAUAAGGUUUCAGUUAAACGUCGCCUUGGAGCAGCAGGUGGAAACCAGACCGAUGCAGCACAUUUGUUAAACCAGUCCAGUGCUACUGCAGAGGAUUCUCAGACAUUUCCUACUUCUACAAGCCAUACAAAAAUGGUGUACAAUUCCCCAAACUUAAAGACAUCUGUGAAAUCUGGCACAGGAUCUAAAUCCCAUGAUGUUCAAGAGGCCCUUAAAAAGAAACAGGAGGCAAUGAAGCUACAACAAGAUAUGAGAAAAAAGAAGCAGGAGAUGUUAGAAAAACAAAUAGAAUGCCAAAAGAUGUUAAUAUCUAAGCUGGAGAAAAAUAAGGCCACGAAACCAGAGGAGAGGGCAGAAAUAAUGAAGACCUUGAAAGAACUAACAGGAAAAAUCUCUCAAUUAAAGGAUGAAUUGAAAACUUCUUCUGUAGCCUCCACGCCAUCAAAACUGAAGUCCAAGACAGAGGCACAAAAGGAGCUUUUAGAUGCAGAACUGGACUUUCAUAAAAGAUUGUCUUCUGGAGAAGAUACAACAGAGUUGCGGAAAAAACUCAGUCAACUACAGGUUGAGGCUGCCCGUUUAGGUAUCUUGCCUGUAGGUCGAGGAAAGGCGAUAUCUGCUCAGGGCAGAGGAAGAGGACGAGGUCGUGGUGGGAGAGGAAGGGGCACGUUGAAUCAUAUGGUGGUGGAUCACCGCCCCAAAGCUCUAACUGUCGGUGGCUUCGUAGAAGAGGAGAAAGAUGAAUUACUACAACAUUUCUCUAAAUUUGGAGAUAUUGAAGACCUCCAAGAAGAGGAUUCUCCUUUAAGUGUCGUUCUGACUUUUAAGUCCCGCUCAGAAGCUGAAAAUGCUGCUAACCAAGGAUCAAGAUUCAAAGACCGAAGACUUCAGAUAUCAUGGCACAAACCUAAGGUACCGUCUGUGUCCACAGAAAUUGAGGAAGAGGAGUCCAAGGAAGAGGAGACUGAAACCUCAGAUUUAUUUUUGCACGAAGAUGAUGACGAUGAUGAUGAAGAUGAAGAUGAAUCCCGUUCUUGGAGAAGAUGAAACUUGAUUUGGAAUUGUAUAGUUUUAGGAAUAUAGUUUGAACUACAACUUUUAAAAAUUUAUUUAAGAAAGUUGAUGAGCCAAAAAUUUUUAUUUUAUUUUACUUUUCAAAACACACAGUAGAUUUCAAGUGAGAACAAGUUUGUGAUAUGAACAUGUCAGAUACUUAGCUGUGAUACUAGGUCAGCCAAAGGCCCAAUGACUUUUUACAGAGUUAUAAAGAUCAUCAGUGGUGGUAGUCCUGCUAUAAAGAAGAAACUUAUCAAUAUUGUCAAGCCCUUUUUUCACACCACCUGUAUUAUCUUGUUUUUUAAUGCUUUGAUUUAUUAGAUAUAAAUGAAAAAAUAUUA